GACAGAAAAUGGCGCAAGUCCAGAAUAGCGACCCGGAGCUCGGGAGGCUCCUCCGAGGAUUCGACUGGCUGCCGUCGUCGGGUGUAGUCUCUACAUGGUGUCAGAAGUGGGAUGCGGAUGAUCUGGACACCGACUAGGCAGCGUCGCGAUUCGAAUUCAGCAGCGCUCAACUGCUUAGGUCGCUAAAGCGUUGGUUCCUGCGCUGAGCCAUGAACGACACCAACGCUGCGACUUCACCCGCGGUGAGCUCGCCUACUGGGUCCAACGCAGCCGCUCCGCCAUAUUCGACAGGACAUGUAGUACAUCUGCGUCCACCGCCACCAUUUGACUUCGAAAAUCCCGGAUCAUGGCCAACGUGGCUUCUACAAUUCGAAGACUACUCCUACGCCACGGGACUAUACGCUGCGGAACAGCAAGUGCAGGUGCGUUCCAUGCUUUACUGCAUGGGCCCUCAAGCUAGAGUCGUGUUAGCGUCCACGCCACAGGGAGACGCCGCCCUUCUGGACUUGUCACUUUUAAAAAAGGCCUUCGGUGAUCAUUUCGUGCCUCCGCCGAAUGAACUUUAUGAGUCUGCGCGUUUCCAUCGCCGCGUUCAAGAGCCCGGUGAGUCCGUCGAUGCCUUCUUCACGGCUCUGCGCACAAUGGUUAAACGCUGCAACUACAGCUCAAGUAGCGUCGAAGAAAGACUUGUUCGGGACCGCUUUAUUGUCGGUUUGCAAAAUCAGAAGCUCUCGGACCAGCUUUGCCGCAACCCGAAGUUAACGUUGCAAGAAGUGCUCACUUACGCUCGUCAAGAGGAAGAUGCCGAAAAGGAACGCCAACAACGUCUGCGUGAAAACGCCCCUCCGCUGGACGUUGACGCCGCAAGCGUUCGUCGACAAAACGAAACAUCAGCAACAAGGCAGAACAACACCUGCGGUUUUUGUGGUCACGCUUCACAUGCACGUUCCGACUGCCCGGCUCGUCGCGCAAUUUGCAAUUACUGUCGCAAAUGCGGGUCCUUCGAGGUUGUGUGUCAAGAGAAGAAAAGCGUGGUCAACAACCAGCAACCCAAGCCCUCUUCCAGUUCUAUCGAACUCAGUGUUGUGACAGAAAAGCAUUUGAACGCCAAGUUCACCGACGUGCUCGUUAACGGACACUGCAGUCGUAAUCUUCCCGAAGGAGCAACGAUAAAGAUACCGACCACUGCCACCGUGCCGGAGACGGGACGCUCAGACCACACCUUCGUCAUAGUCGACGGCGGCGACCUUUGUAGCAAAUCGGAUGUCCCCAGCCAUACUGCAGACAUCGACACAGCUCCGAGCACAAGUCUCCUUCUGUAUCCGCCAAUCCUCGGCGUCCCGUUGGAGUGUCGUGCUGGGUCACCGGUUGAGGAGACGCACACCUGCGUGAUGGAGCCUGACAAUAUAAAAUCAGAACCAAAGUCUCCGUGCCAUCUCCCAAACAGCCGGGCAGUCUCUCCAUCGGAAUGCGUUGAUUCGGUCUAUCCUGUCGGCGUGGCAGUUUCGAGUGCAGACUCUCGCUCAAGCGUACCAAGCACUGACGACGACGAUCUUGAUUUGCCAGUUACGCCGAGUAGUCCGACUGGAUGCGACAGUACACCUUCGGGGAUGCCAGUGCAAAGUACGUCUACCGUGAAAACUUUGCCAUGCGAAAAUCUGUGCCGAGACGUCGGGAACACCGACAGUGAUAAUUCGCAGAAUGUUGACAUGGCACCCAAGGCUAACGUGUCUCAUUUGCAGCAUGGACAAAAUUCGAUUUCCGAGGUCGUGUCUAGCAACACGGCAGGCAAUGAUCUGCGGCGUGCCGCUGCGGGCUUUGGCAAAUUCAGCAACCGGCUUCACAAUAAGCGUUGCAGCAACAGGAUGGCGUCGUUGCGAUACCGGGCAAGAAAGAUACAAGAUGUACAACAGGCCGAAGAUGAGAUUGCGAUGCUUACCAUGACGAACGCCAGCCUUCGGUUGGAGGUGCGGCGCAUUGAGGAUGAAAUUGCUUACAUGAAGGGCGUGUUGCGAGAUACGGUUGUAGCGAAAGUGCCAGCGCAGCUGCAUGUCAUCGCACAAUCAAAGGACAAGUGAGGUAUGCCCAUUUGUAAGUACUUACUGUGAAAGACUAUAUAUGGCCAUAUCUGUGGCCAUAUUUGGGCCAUGUGUCAAGAAAUGCCAUCAAUCAAUCAACUUACUUACAGGACCGUCAUGACAGCUCAACGAGUAUACGUAUUUUUAGUUGGAUCUACAUGGUUCGAACUCUUGUUGAAACCUUCCGAUUAUGUUGUUUGCAGCAGCUUUGGAGCAUCAAAAGGUGUGCUUUGGAGCAGAUUUCUGGGGUCAAACAUCAUUGUUAAUUGAAAUUAUUUAUUUCUGGCAAACACAAUUUCCAGUGGUUUUUACUAAACAUUCAAUACUGAUGAAUCGGCCAGACUUACCAUAUAUAUAUAUAUAUAUAUAUAUA